UCCACAAAUUCAAUUAUCUCCGGAUGUAUUGCGGUAACAAUUUUCACUUUCCAGUAACGAUGAUAUGAAAUGCUUGAGUGAAUCCGGGUAGACCCCAACUAUGAUUAAUGGCGAACAACGCCAAAGCCGGCUGCUGAUUUUGAUUUCCGUUGUCUAUAAAUCCGAUCUGAAUGGGAUCAAGCCCUUUCAAUUGUCACUGUGUCGUCAAUCCGAAAUGAGAGUGCUUCGAACGUCAUCGCCGUUUCGCGCCCACAUUACUGUCAUCUAUCGACUAUCGAAAUUGAAUUACGGUCCCCGUUCAUCCAUCGCCGCCGUGGGGCCAAAGUUGAGUGGCUGCCCGCGUGCUAAUUAGCUGUGCGCCCCAGAAGCCCCAAUAAUGGGCCUAUUAGCAAAUCGCUUGGACGCCGCCGGUAGCAUCCUGGUCGUUAUGGCGGCCGCUUUGGUGAUUGCGUUUUGGCACACCCCCGCCGUAGUGAGUGGAGAUUACCCGCAUGAUGUGGAGCUAUUCGAACCGGUUACGGUCACUACUGCAGUGCCUACGAUAGGUGCCGUGGUGCCGAAGAGGAGUCGUGGUGGCGGCGGCGUCGGGGGUGUAAGUACUUUUCAUAAGCAUGUAAGUCACUAUCCGAGCUACGUAAAAGGUGAAGACCCGGUGGAGGAGUAUAAUCGCCGGCGGUUGCAUGUGGACACAUCCGACUACGUGAAUAGCGCCCAAAUAACUCUCGACGACUCGGAGAAGCGGAAGCUAUUAGAAGAAAGUUUGAUUGCUUUUCGUAAAAAGUUUGCUAAACGAAAGGAAGACGAUAGCAUCAAGAAAAAGGAUAAAUUAAAAACUGUUAAAAAAUCUAAGAAGCGUCGUAAAGUGAAGGACACUAUAAAAAGAAGUUGGAGAGAUGAUACUGAACCAAUUUUCAAGGGAAACGAUUCAGCUGCAUUGGCCUCCAUGGACUAUCCGAAGCGAUAUGAAGAAUCUGAUCCAGAAAUCUUUCCCUACGAGCAAACAUCAAAUGAAAAUCGAAGGCAAUCCAGCUUACCGGAAGAAACCAAAUAUUUUCAGUACUUUAACUUCUUUGGUGAUGGGUCUUACAACACUGGCCUUAAACGUGGAAGCGAUCGGCACUACAUAGAACAGCACGAAAGAGCUUCUGAAGGUGCAGGGAUUUUUCAGAAACGGGUAAAAUGGGCCGAUAAGAACGGAGGAUUCGGCGAGCACUACUGGGACUUCAAUCAUGUCUGAUUCGUCUUCUGCCAGAUGACUGCGGCGUCCAACCGCCACGAGCCAAUCGGAUACGUUUUAUGAUCAACAAUCGCCUCACAAAUAUAGAUAAAUGUUAGCCAAAUCUUGAUAGACACCGUGUAAAUGUCAAGAGCGAGCGCCUGGCUGCUGCUUGCGAUGCGAUGUCUAGUACUAGGAGAGAAAGGAGAAGGGCUUUGUUGGGCCUGUGCUGCUAGAAUCUGGCAAAGCGUGUCGCCGCAGGCGAUUUUCGGGUUUACAAUGCAAAUCUAACGAAUGGUGCCACGAUCGGCUGUU